GUCACAAAAAUCAUGAGCCCUCAUUUUGAAGAAAUUUAUGCCACUGAGCUGUCUGAAACUAUGAUAUGGCAGCUUCAGAAGAAGAAAUACAGAGUGCUUGGUAUAAACGAAUGGCAGAAUACAGGGUUCCAGUAUGAUGUCAUCAGCUGCUUGAAUUUGCUGGACCGCUGUGAUCAGCCCCUGACUUUGUUAAAAGAUAUCAGAAGUGUCUUGGAGCCAACUAGAGGCAGGGUGAUCCUCGCCUUGGUUUUACCCUUUCAUCCCUAUGUGGAAAACGUAGGUGGCAAGUGGGAGAAACCAUCAGAAAUUUUAGAAAUCAAGGGACAGAAUUGGGAAGAACAAGUGAAUAGUCUGCCUGAAGUUUUCAGAAAAGCUGGUUUUGUUAUUGAAGCUUUCACCAGACUACCAUACCUGUGUGAAGGCGACAUGUAUAAUGACUACUACGUUCUGGAUGAUGCUGUCUUUGUUCUCAAACCAGUAUAAACACGUGGAGGCCCGAGUCUUCAGCGCCCACCCCAAGAAUGUACACUCCAGAAAAGGGUCUGCGUUUGUGAUUAUGUGAAGGGAGGACCUUUGGGGACUGCCAUUCUGAAUAUCAUGUAGGAAUUUAAAAAGCCAAAAUACUAAUUAUUUCUUUGUAGUGUGUAAAAGGAACGUUUUUAAAAAACAAAACCCAACUCUUUGAGGAUUUUUAUCAACUCUUUACUCAGUAUACAGGUCACACUCCAAGUAUGGAAGAUAUUUUUUAUACUUAAUUACAGUAGGGACUCAUUCCCCAGUCAAAGCAAUAGUCACGACCUCACAUGGAACCAAUAAAUAUGGAUGAUUGUUUUUAAUAAAAUGAAGACUGGCAAUAAAGCUGUCCAUUCAAUUGCAAAUAUUUGGUUAUAAGGUAUAGCCACUGAUACUCUUUCAUGUUUAGAAAUUCUUUGUCAUUAUUCAAAAAAUGUUUUUAAUCAUGCUAAUAAACUUUUUUGGAGAU